CCAGCACCAAUCCUUCACUGCCUGUGCACCACGUGGUCCCUUUUCUUGGAGGAGGCACAGGCUCCCAGCAAGGAACCAGCAUGAUGAGGCCACGGGUGCUGCUUCUCAUCUGCUUCGUCCUACCUGGGCUCCUGCCCUCAGAGGCUGCCAAAAUACUGACUGUGUCCUUGGUGGGUGGAAGCCAUCAUCUACUAAUGGACCGAGUGUCUCAGAUUCUUCAAGAUCAUGGUCAUAAUGUCACUGUGCUUCUCCAGGAAGGAAAUGUAUUGAUACCAGGUUUUAAAGAGGAGGAAAAAUCAUACCAAAUUGUCACUUGGUUUCCACCUGAAGAUGAUUUCAAAGAAUUUUGGAAGUUUUGUAAGUUCUUUAUGGAAGAAGCUUUGGCUGGCAGAGACAAAUUUGAAAACUUUUUAAAAUUCAUGGAACUACUGGGACUUCAGUGCAGUCAUUUGCUAAAGAGAAAUGAUAUCAUGGACUCCUUAAAGAAUGAGAACUUUGACUUGUUAUUUGUUGAAGGAUUUGACUUGUGUUCUCUCCUGGUUGCUGAGAAGCUGGGGAAGCCAUUUGUCUCCAUUAUUUCUACCUCGUUUGGCUUUAUUGAUUUUGGACUACCAAGCCCCCUCUCUUAUGUGCCAGUAUUUGAUUCCUUGCUAAGCGACCGCAUGGACUUCUGGGGCAGAGUGAGGAACUUCCUGAAAUUUUUUGAUUUCUCCAUGAAGCAAUGGCAAAUUCACUCUACAUUUGACAACACCAUCAAGGAGCAUUUCCCCGAAGGCUCUAGGCCAGUUUUGUCUCAUCUCCUAAAGAAAGCAGAGUUGUCGUUAGUUAACUCUGACUUUGCCUUUGAUUUUGCUCGGCCUCUGCUCCCCAACACUGUGUAUGUUGGAGGCUUAAUGGCCAAACCUGUUAAAGCAGUACCACCAGAAUUUGAGAAUUUCAUUGCCAAGUUUGGAGACUCUGGUUUCAUCCUUGUGGCCCUGGGCUCUGUGGUGAACAUCUUUCAGUCCCAGUAUGUUUUCAAGGAGAUGAACAGGGCCUUUGCUCAUCUACCUCAAGGGGUGAUAUGGAAGUGUAAUCCUUCUCAUUGGCCUGAAGACAUCAAAUUGGCAGAAAAUGUGAAAAUUGUGGACUGGCUUCCUCAGAGUGACCUCUUGGCUCACCCUCGCAUCCGUCUCUUUGUCACCCAUGGUGGGAUAAAUAGCAUCAUGGAAGCCAUCCAACAUGGUGUCCCCAUGGUGGGGAUUCCCUUCUUUGGUGACCAGCCUGAAAAUCUGUUCCGGGUAGAAGCCAAAAACUUUGGUGUCUCUAUCCAGGUAAAGCAGAUCAAGGCUGAGACACUGGCUCUGAAGAUGAAGCAAGUCAUAGAAGACAAGAGGUACAAAUCUGCAGCCAUGGCCGCCAGCAUCAUCAGGCGCUCCCACCCCCUGACUCCUGCCCAGCGACUGGUGGGCUGGACCAACCACAUCCUGCAGACAGGGGGUGCAGCGCACCUCAAGCCCCACGCCUUCCAGCAGCCAUGGUAUGAACAGUACCUGCUCGAUGUCUUCUUGUUCCUGAUGGUGGUCACCGUGGGCACCAUGUGGCUCUGUGGGAAGCUGCUGGGCAUGGUGGCCAGGUGGCUGUGUGGGACCAGGAAACUGAAGAAGCCCUGAUGCCAAGUGUAGCCUGGGGUGGCAGUAUUUGGGGGGGGGUCACCGUUUCUUGGGAACCUCCCACCCUUUCUUGGGUUCUGGCAAGCCUUGUUCUCCACAUCGUAUCCACUUGCUAAUUGUGCUGCAAAUUCCUGCUCGCUGUUUUCUUCCUGUGAUCAGAUUUCUUUACUCAGUACUUAUGGCCUUCUUUAUUAGUGAGUCAGCCAAGGCUAGUCUAUGAUUCUGUCCCUGGGGCAUUUGGACCCAGUGGCCCUCAGACUUUAAGCCUCGAAGCCCUUCCUUAUCAUGCCCCUCUUCCAGGCACUGAGCCUGAACCACUCUAGACUCCAUGGCCAGUAUCUUCUGAGCCUCUUUCCCUCUCUCCUGCCCCACCACUUGUCAUGGAAUAACAGCUAAGAUGGGUGCUUUCCUAAUUCUUUUAUUAUCUGUUGGCUUCUCCUCCAAACUCUCAUCAAAGGUAGAAAGUCUGUCCUGCGCAUGUGCCUUCAGGAGGGAACCACCCUUGCAGGACCCUGUCUGGCUCCUGCCUUGGUUCCUGCAGAGAGCUCCUUCCUUGCUGAUCAGGUGUGGAGCCUGCAGGAUGGUCAGGGGCUCAAGUGGCCUUGGUCUCUGUGUUUCAUAGCAUUGAGCUGUCUUUCAACUUUCAUAUUAAAAAAAUAAAUUCAUGAGAAAGAAGGCUAUUUCUUUUUAAACCGUUUUUUUGUGCCUCUUGACAGUUGAGCCUUUCUAUAUGUGACAUACUCUUGGGAAUUGCAUCCAUUUGAUAGUAAUAGAAACCAGAAAAAAAAUGUAGCAGCCACAGCUGAGGGUUUUCUUCUCUUUCCUCCUUGUUUUUCUCAUGUAAAAGAGAUCUGCAGGUAGGCAGGCAGUGCAGGGCUGGUGUGGUGGCUCCAGAAUGUACUCAAUGCAGAUUUCUUGUCUGGUUGAUCUGCCUUCUUCAGCAGGUGGCUUUCAUCCUCAAGGUUGCCCUGGAUUUUCAGGAAUGUCUUUUUGUAUCCAGCCAGCACCUGGAAAUUUGGGCUAGAUAAGGGAAAAUUGGACAAAGUAAUAAAGCAGGUUUCUGCCAACUGAGUUGCCCUUUUUAUUCACCCAGACUCUCCAGCUACCCCAACACUUCUACUUAAAUCCCGUUGACCAGACCUGAGUCACAUAGGCACCCUUAGCUGUACAAAAAGUCUAAGAAAUGUCCCCUCUCCUGGCUCCUGGGUUGGGGUUGGUAGAAAGAAAAACAAAGGACAAUGGAUAAUGGGGGGAAACCCGAGCCUUGGCCACUUGUGGAGGGCAGGCAGGGAGGGGCUGGAUGGGAUGUUUUGUUCCACCUUUGACCCUGAGACUCAGUGACUUCAGGGACAGUCUUACACCCACUAUUUCCACCUGUAGGUGGAAAGCAGACCUUUCAGAGUGGUGAAUGUGCAAAAUAGGAACAGUAGUCUUUUAUCUUGUGAAGUGUGUUCUCCUUUCCUAGUUCCCUCCUUUUGUUUCUGCCAUUAUGGGGUGGAUGUGUCUAAUCAGCCCAACCCAAGGAAACAGGCACCAGCUGGGGCAACCACAGAUGGAGAGGGAGCCAUGGUGCUAAUUAAGAUGAGAGCAACAAAACCUGCUGCCUCCUCCAACCAAGGCACAGGGCCUGAGGAGUGGAGAUGGGUUGGUUGAGUACCAACUUGUCCCUCUUGUGGCCACCUUUUUGCAGUGAAUAACCUGCCCUACUACAUGGUGGUCCUGGUUGGUGGAAACUCCCCCUCAGGCUGAUUCCCUGCCCACACAUGUAGAGGGCAGUUUGAUCAGCUAGGGAAUUCUCUUGGGAUAUUUUCUUUUAGCCACAUUUUUUGCCCCUAAGACCUAGGGAGGCUCCUUUGUCCAUGCCAGCCUUUAAGUUAGUUAAUUGUUUAUUUUUUAUAAGUAUUCAAAUGAAAUAUUUAGAACUUUUAAAACUCUGUCAGAGUGGAUUUCCUACAAAUUUCUUCAAAUUUAAUCUUAAGAUAACAGUAAUUAAUAGUCAGAUAACACUUGCACUAGGGAUUAAGUCCCCCGUGUUUUUAUUUUCCCUCAUUAAACCUCCAAGGUGAAUUUUGAGAGAUCUUCUUGUGUUAGUACAAAUGCAAAGAAGAGAAGCUUCCACAAACAAGGUCUGUGGACGCCUUCUGGUGACAGGCCCCCUCUCUUGUCUGAGGUGAGACCUUUGAGAGGGAUGGCAGCCAGUGACCACUCUUCCUUUCUCAUUGUGGUAUCAAGGUGAGCUUUGUCUUCUGGAGAGAUUUUACAAAUGAGCAAGCCUACAAAUAUCACAGAAAAGAGUGCCAGAGGUAAAGACCAAAUAAUAGUUUAGUUCCUUCACUCCUUCCCUUUGUCACAAUUUCUCUCCUGGGAUUUUAUUGAACUAGACUAUUUUGUUCCAUAUUCCUUUAGUGGCCAUUUAUGAACUUCAUGUUGUCUCAGAUGAAAGAUUUUGUCAUUGGGAAACCAACUGGCCACCAGUAAUGCAAAGCCUCAAUAGAGGGGCUGAAGUCAGUGGCCUUCAGCCUGGGCUCUCUGCCUUAAUGUGUGCGUGAAGACCUUUCCAGGGCUGCAUGGCACAGAGCAUCUGGAGGUGAUAAGUUUCCACCUGUGUGUACUCUAGUUUCCUAACACUGGUCUGCCUAACAAUGUGAAGUUUGGUUGGUAGAGUCUCUUUCCUGCCACACUUUUCACAAUUUCCUGAAACUUAUUUUGCACAAGAAAUACACAGCUUUCAUGCCUCCCUAUUCUCACUGUGGUGCAUUGCCCCAGGGUGGAAAAACGGGGGUACCAAAUGGAUAGUUUAAAAUGUAAUGACUGAGCAAGAACAGUUUGUCAUUAAAAUGCUUUGCAAUUCUUUGUUUUAAAUAAAAACCAAGAAUAAACUG